AUUUUAAAGAACAACUCUAAUUUUGUCAACUUUUCAUUAUCUGCGAUUAGCCGUUAUUUCAGGUAUAACUUGGUCAAUACAAUUCUUCCCUUUAUCCAAAUAUAGCAGACUAAAUAAUAAAGGUCAUAAGCUCUGUUUUUUUUUCCCCCUUCUUCUGCUUCCAUUUCAAUCUUCAUGUAACCUUUUUAGAUAAUUUCUUCCUCUUUUAUAGAUUCCUGUUGAUUUCUCUGUUUGCUCCGUGAUCGCUUAUUGCAAUCACAAUAAUGUCUAACCGUUCCUUCAAGAGUUUCGUAGAAAAAGAACUUGGAACCUACCCACAUUUUCUAAUCUACGCUCUUCUUGAAUGGAUCCUCAUCAUUAUCCUCUUCAUCGAUGGCUUCCUAGCUUUCUUCUCCAACCAAAUGGCUAAGUUCUUCGAUCUCAAAAUCCCUUGUCUUCUCUGCACUAGGCUCGACCAUGUUCUCGUCAGAACAAACCCUGAUUUCUAUUACAACGACUCGAUAUGCGAUGCUCACAAGAAGAAUGUCUCAUCUCUCGCUUACUGUCAUGUUCACAAGAAACUCUCUGAGAUCAAACGAAUGUGUGAAGGUUGUCUUCUCUCUUUCGCCACCGAGAAAGAAUCAGAUGUUGAUACUUACAAGUCUCUUAUUGGAAUCUUACAUAAGGAUCUUGAGCUUCUUAUCGAUGAUGAACGUGAGCUUCAACUGGCGUUUCCAGUUACGGGUUCUAAGAGAGAGGAUAACUUUUAUCAGAUUGAUUACAGAACUAACAAUGGCAACGACAGGUUCCAGCAACAGCAACGUUGUUCUUGUUGUGGGGAGCUAUUGAAGGUGAAAUCUGAUAAACCAAAGACUAGUAACCAAUCUUUCUUUGGUGCUCCUAGUCCUUCUCCUAGAGUUUCAUUCAAUCAAAGAACCUUGGAUGUGUCCAACAUCAAAUACACGGAGUUGACCGAGGAUGAAUAUGCUCUUAACACGAAAGGAGCAUUGGUGGAUUCAGUCGAUGAUAGAACUCCAAGUUUUGUAAAAGGAGGCAAUAAAUUCUUUGGCAUUCCACUUUCUGAUUCGGUGCAGAAUAGUCCACGAUGGUCUGUUCGAUCAAUGAAGAAAUCACUGACUGAUCAGAAUGGUUCGGAGAACGAAGUGUUGGAUGGAGAUUCGAUACUUCAUCAUCUAAAUAGACAGGUUAGAUUGGAUCGCAAGUCAUUGAUGGAUUUGUAUAUGGAGUUAGACGAAGAGAGGAGUGCUUCAGCUGUUGCAGCAAACAACGCAAUGGCUAUGAUCACGAGACUGCAAGCCGAGAAAGCUGCGGUUCAGAUGGAGGCAUUGCAGUAUCAGAGAAUGAUGGAUGAGCAAGCGGAAUAUGAUCAAGAAGCUUUGCAGUCUAUGAAUGGUUUGCUGGUUAAGAGAGAAGAGGAAAUGAAAGAGCUUGAAGCUGAAAUCGAAGCUUAUAGAUUGAGAUAUGGAUUGUUGGGAGAAGAAGACGAAGAAAGAGGAGAAGCAGCAGAAGAGUUUCUUGAUGAAGAAAAAGAUGAAACUAAACCGGUCUCAGAUUUGCCUGUUUGUUCUUCAAAUCAUGAAGAUGAUUUGGAACAGAUGAAAGAUUCAGUUGAGGAGUCUAUAACUACCAAUGGUGUGAUCAUAGAGGAAGAAAAUGCAAAUGCAAGCAGAAAAGAUAUGUUAGUGAAGGAGAUAUCAGAGAUUACAGAGAGACUAAAUGCAAUUGAAUCAAAAGGUGAACUGUUGCAGCAAAUUUCAGAUGUUUUAGAUGUUAGUGAAGGAGAAGCAAUUCUAUUACAGAUAUCUCAGAAUCUGCAUAUGCUUCGUAGUUUCAUCGAAAUGCCAUCAGAAUCAUGAUUCUGAUUUACUUACUUUCUUCUGUCAUUCAGAAGAAAUCAAAACAACAUCCUUGUAUCAAAAUCUGUAUGUAAUUGAUACUGAAGUUUUUUAUAACAGAACAAGCAAAAAGCAGUUUUUUGCUGCCUUGUCUUGUCUCUUACUUCA